AACAGCGAUGUAUAUUUGGAGGCACAGAUUGAAAAUACUUCCGCUACUGCUAUGGUACUGGAAAGAGUGGAUCUGGAACCAAGCCCAAAUUACACCGUGGCCAGCAUAAAAGCAGGUGACGAAGAUGAACCCGGUGGGAUGUAUCUUAAACCGAGAGAUAUUCGGCAGUUCUUAUUUUGCCUUUCGCCAAAGGAUAUUCAUGCUACGAAUGAGUUUUUGUCUUAUGAGAUUGCCAAUUUUAAAGCUACAUCAUAUGUAAAAACAGUUGAUGCGCAAAAUUUCAGCAAAAUUCUGCAAAAAAUUGAGAAUGAACAUAAAAAGCAUACCAACACAUUGUCAAAAGAAUCUCAGAAAUAUUCUCAGAAAAACGCACCAAUGUACAAAGAUAUGACAAAUAUUGGUAAACUGGAUAUGUCGUGGCGCACACAUAUGGGGGAACGUGGGCGGCUACAGACUAGUCCUUUGCAAAGAAUUGCUCCUACCCACGGUGAUGUACGAUUGACCGUGGAAAACCUACCAGCUACAGUCCCUGUUCGGAAACCAUUCACGGUUGAUUGUAGGCUUUAUAAUUGUUGUGAAAGAUCGUUGGAUCUACGGUUGGAGCUACAAAAUGUAUCACAGUCACUUAUUCUGUGUUCAAUCAGUGGCAUCUCAUUAGGACAGCUCCCACCUAAUGGCAACGUAGCGUUCAGUGUAGAGAUGAUACCUAUUGCUAUAGGCUUUCAGUCGAUAUCCGGAAUACGGAUAGUGGAUUCGUUUGCAAAAAAGAUCUAUGACCAUGAUGAUAUUGCGCAAGUAUUUGUGAUGUGAAU